AUGACCAAAGAAACGCUCACCCUCCCCGAGCCCUUCGCCUCCAUCGCGCGAACUCCGCUCCUCCUUGGGCCCUCGCCAAUCCACGCCCUUCCCCGCAUCAGUGCCGAUCUCGCCCGUUCAAGCACCUACCCGCCAGUGACCAUCUAUGCCAAGAGGGAUGAUCUAAACUCCGCCUACGCCUAUGGAGGUAACAAGACCCGCAAAUUGGAGUAUCUCCUGGCGGACGCGCAAGCUCAAGGAUGUGACACACUAGUCUCCAUCGGUGGUGUCCAGAGCAACCAUACCCGCCAGGUUGCAGCCGUCGCAGCGCGGACGGGUAUGAAGGCUCGUCUGGUUCAGGAGCACUGGGUUGACUGGACGGACAAGGGGUAUGACUCUGUCGGCAAUAUUCAACUAUCUCGUCUUAUGGGCGCAGAUGUGCGAUUAGAUCCUUCUGGAUUCGGGAUCGAGCACAAGAAUACCGCGCAGGCGGUGGUUGAGGAGUCCAAGGCGAAGGGGGAGAAGCCUUACUAUAUCCCGGCUGGGGCGUCGGACCACCCACUUGGCGGUUUGGGGUUCGCACGGUGGGCAUUUGAGGUUCGGCAGCAGGAGCAGGAGCAGGGUGUUUUCUUUGAUACUGUUCUUGUCUGCGCUGUGACGGGUUCUACCUUUGCAGGUAUGAUUGCGGGUUUCAAGCUUCUGGAGCGCUUGCAUCCGACAGACCCUAAGCGGAAAAUCAUUGGUAUUGAUGCAUCUGCGACUGUUGAUGCCACGCGCGAACAGGUCCUUCGCAUUGCUCGCAAUACCGCUAACAAGAUUGGUCUGACUGCGGAGGAUAUUACCGAUGCGGACGUCAUUCUGGAUGAUAGAUACCAUGCCGGAAUCUAUGGAAUCCCUGAUCGUCAGACAUGGGAUGCGAUCGAGUAUGCCGCUCGUAUGGAGGCUUUCAUCACGGACCCGGUCUACGAAGGCAAGAGUUUUGCGGGUAUGGUGGACAUGAUCAAGCGUGGCGAGAUACAGGGCAGCAAUGUGUUAUAUGCACACUUAGGUGGCCAGUUGGCCUUGAAUGCGUACUCUGAACUUGGUGCGACCAAGGAAUAA